AUGCCGAUCAAGUGGACUCCAGAAAAUGACCAAAUUCUUCUGUUGAAGAUUCUCGAAACUCACCAAUUGAGUGUGGAUACUAAAAAGGUGUCGGAAGCAUGGCCACAGGCGGACCCAAAUGCCAUUCCAACCCCUCGGGCAAUCACGGAGAGGCUCCACAGAAUCAAGAAAGCCUCUAAGGAAAACAUUGAAAGCCUUGCUGCCACUCCUAAAAAAGCUGCAACCUCGAAGAUCAAGACUCCCGACACUGCCCGCUCGCGUAAACGCAACAGCAUGGCUUUGGAGAGGCCUGUUCCGAAGCGCGUUAAGAACGAAGCCGAGUUAGACCUCCACGGGUCACCCGUUGCUACUAGCAAUAAAAAAAUUAAGGAGGAGGAGCAUGGCUCUACCAGCGAUAUUCCUUUGGAUGACUCGCCUGCAACUUACCAGUUUCCCCAGCGCGUGAGGACUGCCCGCCGCAUGCCUCUAGACUUGGUGGAUUAUCAUGAUGAGGAUACUGACCGUGAUGCCAAGUACGAAACGGACGUUAGUGAGUAUCUCGCGGAUAACUACAUAAAAACCGAAGAGUAUGCUUGA